AUGUCCCGCCCAACAACAACAGCAGACACAUCCCCCAUCUCCCCCGCCCGCUUCGCCGCCGCCCUGCCGCCCCUCUCCCUGCCGACCCUCCACCUCAAGGUCCUCGAGAUCCGCAACUCCAUCGCCCACCUGCGCACCUCCAACAUUGAGCUCCUGCCCUACGCCCUCGGCACCGAACCCGCCGGCGCGCCCCCGGACCCGGACUGCGCCGACGCCAUCCGCGAGAACGAGGCCGUCAUCCUGCGCAUGGACGAGCGCAUCGCCCUCAUCCGCGCCGAGGUCGAGGACAGGGGGUGCAGCUGGCGCGAGUUCGAGGCCGUCGAGCCUGCCCUGCCGGGGACCGCCGCCGCCGCCGUCGCUGGUGCCGCUGCUGACGACGACGACGAAGACGACCAGGACGAAGACGACGGCGUUGCGCCCGUGACCAACGGGCUGCGCGACGCGAGGCUCGAGGAGGACGCCAUGGCGGCGGGGACGCGGCAUCCGGCGUGGAGCGACGGCACGUUUCAGACGGGCACCAUUCGGGGGGGUGUCAUGCGUUUUGACGACCAUGCUGCUCCCACGACCUCCUCUGCUCCCGCUGCUCCCGCUUCCGCUUCCUCCCCUGCGGCGCCUGCGGAUGCCGGCAGCGUGCGCGCGGCGACGACGCAGACGACGGCCCCGUCGGGCGGAGGGCGCCUCGAUGACGAGCAGCUCCGGCGCGCCAUGGAGGAGCGCAUGCGCCAGCUGGACGACGACGACGACGGCGGCAUGCAUCUCUGA